UAUUUUCCUACUUUUCGCUCCUUUCAAUUAGCACUAUCUCAAGUUUUCUGUCUUCCGUUUCCUCUCUCUAAGGAUUAGGGUUUUCUGAAAUCCGUCGCUUGGUAAAUCAUGUCGUCUGGGGACGCCGCAUCUUCAAAGAUGAUUGUUCUUAAGAGCUCCGACGGUGAGACAUUCGAGGUGGAGGAGGCGGUUGCCGUCGAGUCACAGACUAUAAAGCACAUGAUCGAGGACAACUGCGCCGACACCUGCAUCCCGUUGCCUAACGUUACUUCGAAGAUCCUCGCGAAGGUGAUCGAAUACUGCAAGCGCCACGUCGACGCCGCAGCCAAGGCUAACGCCGAUGGCGCCCUGACGCCGGCUGACAAAGUUGUGGACGAAGAUUUGAAAGCGUUUGAUACUGAGUUUGUGAAGGUCGAUCAGGGCACGCUGUUUGACCUGAUUUUGGCUGCAAACUACCUCAAUAUCAAGAGCCUGCUUGACCUUACCUGUCAAACUGUUGCUGACAUGAUCAAAGGGAAGACACCUGAGGAAAUUCGUAAGACUUUCAACAUUAAAAAUGACUUUACUCCAGAAGAGGAAGAGGAGGUUCGCAGGGAAAAUGCAUGGGCAUUUGAGUGAUGCCUUAAUGAUGUCUAUAAAUUGGUAGUUAUCCUUUGUUCCUGUGGCAAACUGCUGUUAGUAAAUAUGUGGUAUCUUGUUCUGAUGAAAAAGUUCUAUUUUAUCUAUGGUUCAUCAAAUCUGAACCCUAUCAUGGUGUGAUAACAAGUUGCGUAUGUGUCAUUUGGUGGUUAUGUUAGUUUCUUCAGUAUGUUAUCUGUGGUCCCUUCAAUUAAUCUGUGUGUAUACCUUUCCAUUUGCUUCAACAACUAGAAUAUGUUGGAUAAUGCUCCGGGUUGUAUCUGGAGCAUCACGAAAUAUUGCUGUCUAUAGAGGAGAUAAAAUUGUUUCAA